AUGUUCAAAGAUAUCUCUAGCCCUUGGGAUCGGAUUCUACAGUCGUGGAUUCACGAUGUUAGGUCUCCCGGCACCAUGAUUUUUGUCUUUUUCCCAUUGGGCUUCGCGUUGUACCAAUUCGUAGUAAUCAUUUACCGCCUAUAUUGGAGCCCAAUCGCCAAAUUUCCUGGUCCCAAGCUCGCCGCAUCGACUUACUGGUAUGAAGCCUAUUAUGACUUCAUCAGUAAAGGUGGUGGUCAAUUUACGUUCCAAAUAAAAAGACUUCAUGAGGAGUAUGGGCCUGUGGUGAGAAUCACGCCGGACGAGCUCCAUAUUGAUGAUCCCGACUACUACGACGAAGUAUUCUGCAAUAGCCACUCGUCAAGGCCGAUUGACAAAAUGGAGCGAUUCCGAUACCGUCUCAACCAUCCAGACUCGACAUUAAGCACUACCAGUGCGGAAGACCACAAAGCCCGUCGCGCGGCACUGGCGCCAUUUUUUUCAAGCAGUCGCGUUCGAAGCUAUAACGGUGAUCUUCAAGCAAUCAUGGAAAGGAUCUCACACAGACUUGCAACUGAGUUCGCAGGCACUGAUCGCGUGAUUCAUGUCACUCAUAUGUGGGCAAGUCUCACGGCCGACAUGAUCAUGGAGCUGGCGUUUGGACAUUCCUCCCGUCUUCGCGAUGCACCGGACUUCCGAUCGCCUGUUCCUGAAGCAAUGUCAAAUAUUGCAUACCUCGCACAUUACGCUACGCAUUUUCCAAUCAUUGGCAUUAUGAUCAAGUUCCUCCCUGAUGCACUGAUGAACAUGCUGGCCCCGGCAGCGCGGCCUCUGCUUGAAUUUCGAAGUGAUAUGAGAAAACAUCUGCAACAGAUCAAAUCAGAAGCUGUAUCUGGAGCAGAAAAAGCAGCGGGAACGACUAUAUUCCAUGACAUUCUUUAUUCAAAUCUUCCGCCAGCGGACAAGUCUCUGGAAAGGCUUACACAGGAAGCAAUACUGGUGAACGGAGCUGGUAUUGAGACAACCACCUGGACGCUCACUGUGGCGACGGCCCACAUCUUGCUCAAUCCUAUCAUCAACGAAAAGUUAAGCGCAGAACUAAGAGCAGCCAUGCCUGAUCCCACAGAUAUACUACCCAGUGAAAAGUUGGAAAAUCUUCCAUAUCUGAACGCAGUCGUGAUGGAAUCUUUGAGGCUUUCUUUCGGCUCAGUGCAGCGACUCCCGCGUAUCAACCGUCUUUUCGGUCUUGAAUACCAUGAUCAACACAUACCCCCCAAUGUUCCCGUAGCUAUGGAUGCGUUCCACAUGCACAUGAAUGAGAAGAUCUUUCCAGAUCCUUCGGAAUUCAAGCCCGAACGAUGGCUAGACGAUCCCAAGGCGCCCGACAGCCUAAAGCCCUUGAGCAAGUAUCUUGUUUCGUUCAGCCGCGGGUCCAGGGGAUGUGUCGGGAAGAAUUUGGCCAUGAUGGAGCUACACGUGGCGCUAGCGACAUUGUUUCGUCGGCAUGAGCUGGAGCUAUACGAGACGACCAAAGAGGACGUUGAAUUUGCCGUCGAUCUAGUCAAGCCAGCACCGAAGCCGAGUAGUAAAGGCGUCAGGGUCUUGGUGAAGGAUGCAAGGCUGUGA